AUGGGUUUGGGACACAUAACUGUGGUCAUGGUGAAGAUGCUGGUGUCAUCUGUUCAGAUGAUCCUCAGAUCCGACUGGUCAGUGGGAAUGGUCGUUGCUCUGGGAGGUCAGAUGUCAAAACCCACCCUCUCCCGAGUCUCCUCCUAUUCCACCCUCUCUCCUGGAGAAGUUGUUAAGUUUAAAUGCAUCGCCCCCCCUGGUGUUUGUCCUAUUGAGUUCCACUUGUAUAAAGGCAGUGCUGGAACUCCACUGGUCCAGAGGAGUCAGUCCACACAGUCCAGUGUGGUGCUGACUGUGUCUAACGUGGACACCUCACACCAGGGCAGCUAUAGCUGUCUGUACAGAAUACCAGGGAGCCAGCCCGUCAGCUCUCCUCGUAGCAGCUCCAUUGACAUCACCAUUGAGACAAGGAAUGCCAGCCCCAACUCUGCCACCUUCACCUUUCCUGCGGUUGACUUUGUUCACCAUGGGGCAUACCACUGUCAGUAUAAGACAAGGGUAUCUGAUCGCCCCUUCAGCUCUCCUCAAAGUGAUUCUGUCAGUUUCUCUGUGAUAGUGGUCCUACUGCAGCCCAACAUCUCCCUCAGUGAUCCUGCAGGAGGAAUGAUCUGGGGUCACCAGGGGCCAGAGGUGAUGUGGGGCCAUAAUUUCACCAUCACCUGCUCCACCCCCCCACAGUACCCAGGAGGCAUCUUCCACCUGACAUUCACAGGAUCGAAUAGCAACGAGACUCAGGCUGCUGUCAAUCACUCUGCCUCUUUCCCGUUUCCUGCUGCGGAAUUUUCCCACCAGGGGAAUUACAGCUGCGUUUAUGAGACCACAGUUUCCACCCGCAGCUUCAGCUCCCCACAGAGUGAACUGCUGUCUGUAAUGGUCACAGUGGUCCUCCUGCAACCCAACAUUUCUCUCAGUGCACCUGGAGGAGGAAUGAUCUGGGGUCACCCAGAGUCAGAGGUGAUCUGGGGCUAUAACUUCACCAUCACCUGCUCCACCCCACCACAGUACCCAGGAGGCGUCUUCCACCUGACAUUCACAGGAUCGAAUAGCAACGAGACUCAGGCUGCUGUCAAUCACUCUGCCUCCUUCCUGUUUCCUGCCGCGGAAUUUUCCCACCAGGGGAAUUACAGCUGCGUUUAUGAGACCACAGUUUCCACCCUCAACUUCAGCUCCCCACAGAGUGAACUGCUGCCCCUAAUGGUCAGAGGUAAGGAGCCGACAUGGAGGCCAGUACUUUCCACCAUUACAAACUUUUAUGAAUACAUCUUCCAGAGAGCUUACAGGUGA